GGAAUGAAGAGAGGGCUCGGUUCUGGGCGCGGAGACCGAGGACCGUGGUGUCCGUUUUCCCACGUGCAUCUCGUCCUUGGAUUGGGGCGGGGUCACCAUCACAAACUCUUAAAUAAUUCUCGACUCCUAGUCUGUUUCCUCCGUUGUGAAAUUGCAGGACUUCCUUCCUUGUCUGCCUUGGGUCCUUGUGACUAGGAACUUGUUAGAAAUACAGGUUCUCUGCCCACACCCCAGACUUAUUGAAUCAGAAAAUAAGGGGAUGAGGCCCCACCAUCAGUGUUUUAACAAGCCCUCCAGAUGAUUCUGAUGCUUGCUUAAAUUUCAGAACCACUGGGCUACCGUAAUGUAGCAAGCUGUACUGAGGGCCUUCUCAACCCAAGCUGAGAAAUAUCCCCUGUGGCUACAGCGUGGAGAAUGGAUUGGAGGAAGGUGGGCCUGGAAGCUGGGAGCCCAAGUGAAGAGGCUGUUGCAGUAGCCCAGGUGAAGAAACUGAGCACAGAGGAGUUGAGUCACAUGUCCCAAGCCACACAGGGUGCAGUUAUUGGGAAGCCGGACUGGGAUCCAAGCUGCCUGAUUCCAGAGCCAAUGCUGUCACCACUCACUGGUGUCUCCACAGUAUGCUGUUGUAUUUUUAUAAACGGGAAAAAAAAAUGCGCAAGUGCCUCCUUACGCUGGGUUGAGAUGGAAGGGCUGCUGACAAAAUGCAGAGCGCUGCCUGCCUUGGCCACCUGCAGUCACCAGCUCUCGGGGUACGUUCCUCACAGGUUUCACCACCGUGCCCCAGGGAGAGGGAAGCGCUUGGUGCUGUCCCGCAUGUUCCAGCCCCAGAACCUUCGGGAAGACCAGGUGCUCUCUCUAGAGGGCAGAUCUGGCGAGCUGACUUGUAAGAGCCAGCGGCUGAUGCUGCAGGUGGGCCUGAUUCAACCGGCAAGCUCCGGCUGUUACCACCUCCUGCCUUAUACUGUCCGUGCCAUGGAGAAGCUUGUGCGGGUGAUAGACCAGGAGAUGCAGGCCAUCGGGGGACAGAAGGUCAACAUGCCCAGCCUCAGCCCAGCAGAGCUCUGGCGAGCCACCAGCCGGUGGGACUCGAUGGGCAAGGAGCUGCUAAAACUUAGAGACAGACACGGCAAGGAGUACUGCUUAGGACCAACUCACGAGGAAGCCAUUACAGCCCUGAUUGCCUCCCAGCAGACACUGUCCUACAGGCAGCUCCCACUCCUGCUGUACCAGGUGACGAGGAAGUUUCGGGAUGAGCCCAGGCCCCGCUUUGGUCUUCUCCGAGGCCGAGAGUUCUACAUGAAGGACAUGUACACCUUCGACUGCUCCCCUGAGGCUGCCCAGCAGACCUACAGCCUGGUGUGUGAUGCCUACAGCAGCCUGUUUGACAGGCUGGGGCUGCAGUGCGUCAAGGUCCAGGCAGACGUGGGCAGCAUCGGGGGCACGAUGUCUCACGAGUUCCAGCUGCUGGUGGAUGUCGGAGAGGACCGGCUUGCAGUCUGUCCCAGCUGCGGCUUUUCGGCCAACAUGGAGACUCUGGACUGGUCACAGGCAAAUUGCCCUGCUUGCCAGGGGCCACUGACCAAAACCAAAGGCAUCGAGGUUGGGCACACGUUUUACCUGGGCACGAAGUACUCCUCCAUUUUUAGUGCCCAGUUCACCAAUGUCCACGGCAAGCCAUCCCUGGCUGAAAUGGGGUGCUAUGGCUUGGGUGUGACGCGGAUCUUGGCCGCUGUCAUUGAAGCUCUCGCUACAGAAGACUGCAUCCGCUGGCCCGGCCUCCUGGCCCCUUACCAAGUCUGCCUCAUUUCCCCCAAGAAGGGCAGUAAGGAGGAGGCGGCCGCAGAGCUCACGGGGCACCUGUAUGACCACAUCACAGAGGCGGUGCCGCAGCUCCGAGGGGAGGUCCUGCUGGAUGACAGGACCCAUCUGACCAUUGGAAACAGACUGAAAGACGCCAACAAGUUCGGCUACCCCUUUGUGAUCAUCGCGGGCAAGAGGGCCCUGGACGACCCUGCACAGUUUGAGGUUUGGUGCCAGAACACCGGAGAGGUGGUCUUCCUCACCAGAGAGGGAGUCCUGGAAUUACUGAGCCAAGUGCAGGUUGUCUAAACGCCCCCUGGACCCCUCCCACUGCAUCUCACAGUCUCGGUGUUCAUUCUAACGCUGCCUUUCUUAUACUGCUUUCCAGAGCUGGUCUCCCCAGAAAGAGGGCAGCUCGUGGAAGGUGAGACCAUGUUAGGAAAACCAGUUGUUAUCCAGUCAUCUGUUCGGACUAUUUGUAUUUAAAGUCAUUAUCUUGAUCCCUUUGUCUGGCUGGCCUCGCUGCCACACAUCAUUCCUUUUAUAUUCUAUUCGGGGGCAGUGGCUAGAAGGAGCCAGGUUGUCAUCUUGACCCUCAGGAGAGUCACUUCCCUUCUCUCAGAGGAGUUUCCCAUGUGUAGGAUGGGGCCUCCCCAGUGGCCGAGGCCCUUCCAGCUCCAGCAGUCCAACCACGGGCCUCUUGCUGCAUUCGGUCCAGAGAGGCAGCCCGUCUGUCUUCCUCCAUUGAGAAGUUGGCCUGAUUGGGGAGAAGAAUCAGGACACCUUACUGCCACUGACUCACUGGAGACUUGGACACGACCCCUCCCCUGCUGGUGCCUCAGUUUCCCCAUCUGUGAUGUGAGAAAAUGGAACUAGAUCUGUAAGGUCCUUACAGCUGUGACUGGCUGGUUCCCCGAGAGGUUCAUCACAGGCAGAUCAGAUCUGAUCUGUUCCUCUGAUCCUCCAUCAUCUAAGCUACCCAGAAAGUAAAUACAAUUAGCUAAUGGCCCCCAAGCCACCUCCAGAGACCUGGCCCUUCCUCUUGAGGUGGCUUAGCACUGAGAUCAUGUUAUAUUGAUUGAAUAAAGUCAAACUGUUGGGAUGA